AUGUUUUCUCGGAAUGUAAUAGGAAGAGAAGAAGAACACAACAGUUCAUCUCUCUUGAAAAAACCAAAAAUUACCAAUCAAAUGAUCAUUGAAAAACUCAAUACAUUAAUGUCUCCGGAGAAGAGAAGCAGAAUUGUUAAAAAGACACGUUCAGGUGGAGAGAAUAAGGAAUUAAUUCAUGAAUUGGAUAACCUUGUUCUAAAGGAUGACAAACCUGUAUUGGCUCAGGUAGAUAUUCUGAAAAAGGAACUCGUAGAAUUUGUAUCAGAAAACGCAAAACCAAACACCUCAGAAAUUAUUGAACAUUCCGUACAACCCAAAACAUACUUUUCACAACAAGAAAUUACCAAAAUCCGAUCCAUCUAUAAGAAUAGCGUGUUCUUUAAGAACAGCAGCGCGAAACCAGAAAACUACUUUUUAAACUAUAAUGUUUUGGUACACAAGUCAAAGGAUCAAAACGAUUUAUACUAUAUUGGACACCAGUUAUUGAAAUUUAUUUUGACGAAAUAUUUCAAUCAACAUUUAAACCUUGUUGUAGAAGAAAACCCAGAAGAUAACAAGAAAUCCCUUAAUAUCAUCAAUGAUGAAAUCACCAAAGAAUUCCAAGUUCAAGAUCACUUGAUGGAAUAUUUCUUGAAUCAACGUCAACUCUUCUACUUGUAUUCUCGUCAAAACAACCUUUAUGAACUGGACCCUUUUUUUAAACAAAUUGACUUUACAUCUGCUGAUUUUAUUGAUAGAACUGCUCACGAAAGAUUGUUUAAGUCCCUAAUUGGAAAUAUUUACAUGAAUGUGGAGUCCUUUGAUGUCAUGAUGAACCAUAUUUUAUAUCCUUUCGUUGUUAAGGAAUUCAUUCCUAGCUUUACAGAACUCAUUCAAAACAACUUGUCACAAAUUUCAACGAAAAGACCCUUCCAGAAGCAAAUGAGUAUCGUCGAGCAAUUCGAAUAUUUCCAUACACGGCAUUACAAAUCUCUUCCAACCUACACCUCUGUAGCUACCGUUGGGAAUGACAUUCAAAUGGUUCAAGUUUAUUCCAACAACAAUCAACUAUUAUCUAUUGGGUACGGCAAAGAUUACCAAACAGCAAAAGAAGACGCAGCAAGAAGAGCAAUCUUGCAUUUUUGUUAA